GCGCUGUUUAUGUCUUAAAUGCAACUAACGGUGAAGCCUCUGACGCGUGCUGAAAAAGUGGUUCAGGUGAAUGAUAAUGCAUACGUUUCAGAUUUACUGUCUGCAGUGAAAUGUGCAUUUGAUAUUGAUCCUGAGUAUCAGCGUUUAGUCUUUAAAGGAUGUCCUUUAUUAGACAAAGAUAAGCCUCUACUAAAUUAUGGAAUCAAGGAUGGAGACAGACUUACCUUACUAACAAAAAUUACACCACAACGAAGUGACUUUGAGUCUCUUCUGCGCAAGUAUUUGGCUGAGAAACUUCCUGAAGUUAAUCCAGACUUCGUGGUCUCAAAAUUUCUCCAGAAAUGGUGUCCGCAGAAAUUUCGUUGAAUUCUGCCGGCUUAGUAUUCCCUCCGUAGAUCCCUAUCAUGAACACAUCACUAAAUCUAAGGGCAACGAUCCGUCCUAAUACAAGUUAUGUAUGUCUCAUCAAUAGUGGUUUAUUUUGAUUUCUAGGGAUGGUACUUUUGGAGUAACGUAAAAAAUUAUGGGCAAAAUAUUUAAACACCUAUUAGACUAACUUAUUUUCAUGUGAGGUUACAUACGUAAAUUCAACCUUCUGUUCUAUUUCAAAUUUCAAAAGUUCAUUAAUAUGCAUUGACCUUACUCAACCGAUUUCAUUUGUUUUUUUUAUUUUGUAGGCAUUGUCUGUCAGAUUAAAUUCCAUGAGUUUCAGUGAUAUUGAAAAUUUGGCAAGUGUAUGGUCUCUAUCUGGAUGAAGUAGGGUUCAAAAAGUGUUGAUACUAUAUAUCCAAGAAUUUUCUUUGUUUCCAACUAGUCCUGAAUCUUGUACAAUAAACAUCAAUCUCAUUGUGUCCGCAAAAUAUAUGCUUGGUGUAAUAAUUACUGUUACGAUAUGUCGCUGGUCAUGGCAUCAGCCCAACUGGUCGAUCCAUAUAUAUAUGUACCAAGUUCUGAUUUGUUAAAGAUAAACUAGCCAGCAAUAAUUGAUUUCUGUCCACUCGUUGUUUGCUGUAACAGAAAUAACAAUUUAUGGUCUAUAUUUCAAUUGAAGUAAUUUGAA